AUGAGUAUAGGUUCUUCAUCAACAGCCGGAAGGACUGCCAAUGGCGACUCGAAGGUCGCGACAGGCAGUAGGCCGAGUAGCAAUGAGAGUGGCAGCGUAAAGCCAGGAAGAGAUGGCGAUGGCCCGGAGAGUUUGAACACUUACGGGAUUUAUCCUACGACGGUGCCGCCUUUUGUUUUGGAUUCGCAGUUUGAGAAGGUCGCCACGAGAGGACUUCCGGCGGCCCCAAAGGCCAAGGUGGACGAUUACAGUCGGUUUAGGCUGAGAGAUCCGUUUUUGGUUGCGUAUGAUGGGAAAUGGGGACAUUUUGCGUCUAAUGUGGGGUCUAACGUGGCGUAUGCAAGCCAGCAACAAAUGAGAGUGGUGGAUCAAAGUUCCACCAGCUCAAACAAUUCGGAUUACGACAAGCAAAGUUUGAGUGAUGACGUUUCGCAGGCGGAACGUGAGAGGGUCAGACAGGAGGUGUUGAAGGAUCUGAAUACCGAGUGGGGAGGCGGCAAACGGCUAGAAGAGCUGUUCAAUACUCCAAUAGCAGGAAAUUACGAGUUCAAGAGCAGCGAGGAUCGUAAGGCAUGGACCGAUUACGUGAGUAGGAUAAAGCAGUACUACUACGGGGAAAACACAACGUGGUAUCCUUCGACCAACAAGACGGAACUAGAUCAGCGGGGCAAGGCGUCCGACGGGAGAAGGAAUGCUGACUGGAUAGAGGAGUUGAACAGAGAUAAACUGAGAUUCAAGCGGUUCAAGCAACGUAAAUUGCAGCAAUGGAUGCCCGAGCUGAAUGCUUUGUUGCUAGACAACCAGUAUUUGCCGCUUGGUCUUAGGAUAGUAGUCGGAAUCCUGAGCCUGAUAUCAUUGGGACUGGCCGUUAGAAUCUAUCAGAACUCCGCCUCACGUGUCCAGUCGAUUGGUUCAACCAUCGACCAACAACCAAGCACAAUUAUGGCGAUCUGCGUCAACACAAUCGCUAUCGUCUACAUCAUAGGCAUUGCGCACGACGAAUUUUCAGGCAAGCCUCUUGGCCUCAGGAACCCGUUUGGUAAACUCCGGCUGAUAUUACUGGAUCUUCUGUUCAUCAUCUUCUCGAGUGCCAACCUAGCGCUCGCCUUCAAUACGCUCUACGACAAGCAGUGGAUUUGCACCGAUGACGGGCAAUCCAGCGGUCACUCUUACAAAUAUCCCAGAGUACCUUACAUCUGCAAGAAACAGGAGGCUCUAUCCGCCUUCCUCUUUGUUAUGCUAUUUAUGUGGGUCAUCACUUUCACCAUCAGCAUCGUGCGAGUAGUGGAAAAGGUCAGUUCCACGUCGCCGAGAGAUUAG